GGAUGCUUCAUCGCACACGCAAACAAAUGCAUAGAGCGUUCUAGAAUUUGAAUUCCCGCUAUCUUAUCUUAAAACAAGAACACAAAUAUCAGAUCAUUACACAUAAUUUUUAGAUAUCAAAUGCAAAAAGCAUUCAUAAAGAAGAAUACUAUGUACUCGACCGGCAAAAGAAUGAGCCCACUCACAGAAGAAACAAAAGCUUGUGCACUGCGGGGAUGUAGAAUGCGCUAAAGGAUAAGCAGCGCACAUAGUCGGUAUUAUCAUAAGGAGACGCUGAACCCUGAACUGGCAGCGAGUUCACCAUGAAGACUAUCCUUCUGACACUUACACUUCUUGUCUUUUUCAUUGGCUUCGUAGCUACGAGACAUGAUUUUGAUUUUAUUGAAGAUGAGCUUUGGGAACUAGAUCAGUAUGAAACAGGUAGUGGUGUGGAGCCAAUUGGCGAAGUCCUCCCUGCCACGCAAUACGGCAAAUGGCGGCCAUAUGAGUCUAAAAAGAAACCCAAGAAACCAAGGAAACCUAAGAAACCCAAGAAACCAAGGAAACCUAAGAAACCCAAGAAACCAAGGAAACCUAAAAAACCCAAGAAAGGAAAAUGGCGAAAGAAUAAACAAGGGGGUCACAAGGACUAUUACAAUGAAUAUUAAUAAUUUUAAGGUAUUGAUAUGCAGUACAUCAAUACAUUCUUGUAACCUGGGCCAAUAUUUUCACCUUUUCACCUCCCAGCAUUUUUAAAUCUUAACGAAAUACACAGUGUGAGAAAGCAUCUUUCCCGGCCAUAUGAGUCUAAAAAGAAACCCAAGAAACCAAGGAAACCUAAGAAACCCAAGAAACCAAGGAAACCUAAGAAACCCAAGAAACCAAGGAAACCUAAGAAACCCAAGAAACCAAGGAAACCUAAAAAACCCAAGAAAGGAAAAUGGCGAAAGAAUAAACAAGGGGGUCACAAGGACUAUUACGAUGAAUAUUAAUAAUUUAAGGUAUUGACAUGCAGUACAUCAAUACAUUCUUGUAACCUGGGCCAAUAUUUUCACCUUUUCACCUCCCAGCAUUUUUAAAUCUUAACGAAAUACAUAAUGUGAGAAAGCAUCUUUCCCAUCGGCUCAUUUGCCAAAAUCCUUCACUGUUUUUUCUAUUUUUUUUAUCGAAUCUGGUAAAUAAAAUAUGAGAAUUUGGUUUUA